AUGCCACAACAACAACAGCAGCAGCAACAGCAGCAACAGCAACAGGAAAGGAAACAGCAACACGCGUAUUCUCCGAAACGUAGUACUCGAGCAAGUGUUGUUAAUUCUUCAACUUCAACCAUUACGCAGAGACAGCUUAGUCACUUGAACUCUCAAGUGGCUCAACUACAUGCAAACUUAUCUGACUUUAAUGAUCUAAUGACAACCACAAUUCAGCAAUACCAAAGCCUCGAAGUUUUGGGUAAGAUUCAAGCAAGUUUAUUUAUGGCGAGUCACAAAGUGUUUGAAGAAGAUACAUUUAAUGAUCAAGAGAAGUACGAGAAUGUGAACUAG